AUGGAGGCGUACUGCAACGCAGUGCGUCGUCUCGAGGACAAGUUCGACAGGCUUGAGCUUAAUCACAUCGCGCGCAAGUACAACGAUGAAGUGGAUGAACUGGCCAAGAUCGCAUCUGGGCGGACCGCCGUUCCCCCGAACGUCUUCGCCCAUGACCUCGCCAAGCCAUUCGUCGACUUCAAGAGCCCUGCGGAAGCCAUCGGAGUGGCACCCGAACCCUCGGGGGCUGCGACCACUAAGCCAUCGACCAAGGACCCCUCGACGAAGGAGCCCGAGGCCAUGGACACUAACAUCGAGACCACCUCGAUGGAUGAGGCUGAAGCAAUGGAGAUCGACGAGGCCCCGCCUCCAAGAGAUUGGCAUACCCAGUAUCUCGACUGGAUGAUCCGAGGGGUCCUACCCUCGGACCACGCUCAGGCGCAGCGCGUCGCUAGGCGGGCCAAGUCCUUCGUCUUGAUCGAUGAUGAACUGUUUGGAGUCCCGAAUUCGAUCAUCACCGACAAUGGCACCCAGUUCACGGGCAAGAAGUUACUGGCGUUCUGUGACAACUACCACAUACGCGUGGAUUGGUCUGCAGUGGCGCACCCAUAG